AUGGAUGAAAAAAAUUAUUCCCCAACAGCUAAACCUGAAGCUGAAGUAAAUGAAGUAGCCACCAUUUCAGUCCAAAUGGUAUCUGCAGAAGACAAGUUGGCAAAGAGGAUUCUGGCAAGGAAAAAGCAUGACAAAUUGAAGAAAAAAGAUAAGUUGCUAUGGAAUUUUCAAAACAAAAUAAUUCUCUUUGCUCUCAUUCUAUUCAUUUUAGGAGUUGUAACAUGGACAUUACUGUGGCUCUUCAUUGUUCAGGCAGAAAACAAAGAUGCAUUGUAUUUUGUUGGACUGUUUCGUGUUACCAACAUAGAGUUUCUUCCAGAAUAUAGGCAGAAAGAAUCAAAGGAAUUCCUCUCUAUGGCACAGACUGUACAGCAUGUGAUGAACUUGGUUUACACAACUUCUUCUUUCUCCAAAUUUUACAAGCAGUCCACUGUCUCAGAAGUCAGUAACAACAACAAUGGAGGCCUUCUUAUUCAUUUCUGGAUCGUAUUUGUGGUACCACAGGCGAAGGGGCAAGUGCUGUGUGAGGAUUGUGUGGCUGCCAUUUUAAAGGAUUCCAUUCAGACAAGUAUCAUCAACCGGACUUCAGUGGGAAGUCUUCAGGGCCUUGCAGUCGACAUGGAUUCCAUUGUCCUAAGUGCAGGUCUUCGGUCAGAUUAUUGGUCAACAACAGGAACAGGAACAAAUUGCAUGUAUGAUCUCUAUGCUGACCAACUACAUGAGCACUUUCCUCUGGAUACUCAAGCUACCUCAGAGGGAACAAUCUGCUAUUUUAAGCUUAUUGCCUCUGUGGGCCACCUUGUCCGCCUUUCCAUAGUAUCCCUUCAGAUUGAAGCAGAUAACUGCAUCACUGAUUCGCUCACCAUUUAUGAUUCUCUGAUGCCAAUCAAAGAUAAGAUACUCUAUCGAGCCUGUGAACCAGCUGAUUCAUUGGUGUCACUUGUGUCCACAAAUAAUCUCAUGCUGGUAAUAUUUAAGGCAGCACAAGUAAAGGAGCAAAAGGAAUUCCAUGGCUAUUUUGAGGUCAUUACACAAGAAAGGUGUGGGAAAGCAAUAGUGACAAAAGAGGAAACUGGCUAUGAAGGGAGAAUCACAAGUCCAUAUUACCCAAGCUAUUAUCCUCCAAAAUGCCUGUGUGCAUGGAACUUCCAGACUCCACAGAAGAGCCUUGGUAUAGCUCUGAAGUUCCAUAACUAUACCAUUAGUGAGAAGAAUAUUAAAGGCUGUGAGCGAGGAUGGUGGAAAAUUAAUGAACACAUGUACUGUGGUUACUAUGUUGAUCACCAAACAGUGUUCCACGUUACAAGUUCUGCUGUCAGCGUGGAGUUGCAAUGCAGUUCCAAGGUCUCUGAGAAGCCCCUGCUGGUGGAAUAUGGCAGCUAUAACAUCGACCAGCCAUGUCCACCUGGACAUUUCAAGUGUUCUACUGGCUUAUGCAUCCAGCAGAUGCAGCGCUGUGAUGGCAUAAACAACUGCUUCGAUGAAAGUGAUGAACUCUCUUGUGUUGUCCCUGAGUGGAACUGUAACUCCAGCUUUGCAAUACAGGACAACUUGCUUGCCUGCAAUGGAGUAAGUGAUUGUGAGAACGGAAAAGAUGAGCAGAACUGCACCCACAGUAUUCCCUGCACCAACCACACAUUCAAGUGCAGGAAUAACAUUUGCAUUAGGAAACAAUAUGCAAGGUGUGAUGGGACUGUGGACUGUGUUGAUGGAAGUGAUGAAAGCAGCUGCAGUUGUGGCAGUAGCAAGAUCAGCAACCUCAUCCCUCGGAUUGUGGGUGGCUCAAACACUGAGGAAGGUGAAUGGCCCUGGCAGGUCAGCCUUCAUUUUGUGGGAGCUGCUUACUGUGGAGCAUCAGUGAUAUCAAAAGAAUGGCUUGUGUCUGCAGCCCACUGCUUUCAAGGGGGCAAGCUGGCUGACCCCAGAGCAUGGCGUGCCCAUCUGGGCAUGCAGAUGCAAGGCCGUGCCAAGUUUGUGUCUGCAGUGCGGCGGAUUGUAGUGCACGAGUACUACAACAGCAGGAACUACGACUACGACAUCGCACUGCUGCAGCUGAGCACACCCUGGCCGGACACCAUGGGCCACCUCAUCCACCCCAUCUGCCUACCUCCCUAUUCCCACAAAGCCCGCAGCGGGGACAAGUGCUGGAUAACAGGUUGGGGCCAAAAGCAGGAAGCAGAUGAUGAAGGUUCAGCAGUUCUUCAGAAAGCAGAGAUAGAAAUUAUUGACCAGACAUUAUGUCAUUCCACAUACGGGAUUAUCACAGCUAGGAUGUUUUGUGCUGGGCUAUCAUCUGGGAAAAGAGACGGAUGUAAAGGUGAUUCUGGUGGACCACUGUCAUGUCAAAGCAAUGGAGAUGGAAAAUGGUUUUUGACUGGCAUUGUGAGCUGGGGUUAUGGAUGUGGAAGACCAAAUUUUCCAGGUGUCUACACAAGAGUGUCAAAUUUUGCACCAUGGAUACACAAAUAUGUACCUUCAGUCUUGUAACUUGAAAACUGUUUCCUUGGAAUAAAACAUGUCCUGAAUAUCUUCA